ACUAGUUACUCCACUAUGAUGUUAUUAGUCGCUACUACCCUGAACCUGACGAUGGAAAAUAGAUCCUCAACUCUUCUUUUGCUUCUCCUCCUAUGUUUUACUUCACUAGUGCUGAAAUGUCACUCAAAUUCACCAGAUGACCUGAAGACUUACAUAGUCUACACUGGCAACAGAAUGAACGAUAAAGUUUCUUCAUUGUCCCUUUACAAAAACAUGCUACAAGAAGUUGCAGACAGCAAUGCUGCACCUAAGACUGUACUGCACCACUACAAGCGUAGUUUCAGUGGCUUUGUUGUGAAGCUAACAAAGGAAGAAGCUGAUAGAAUGGCUGCACUUGAUGGAGUGGUGUCUGUCUUUCCUAAUGAAAAGAAACAACUACACACGACAAAGUCUUGGGAUUUUAUUGGCUUUCCACAAAACGUGGAAAGAAGAAACACUGAAAGUGACAUCAUUAUUGGACUAGUUGACUCUGGAAUCUGGCCCGAAUCCGAGAGUUUCAAUGACAAAGGGUUCGGUCCACCACCUAGUAAAUGGAAGGGCACUUGCCAAGCCUAUAAUUUCACUUGCAACAAUAAAAUAAUUGGUGCCAAGUACUAUAGAAUUGAUGUGGAUGAUACUGACAGGUUCAAGAGUGAAAAACAUCUCCAAUAUUCUCCAAGAGACACACAGGGUCAUGGGACUCAUACAGCAUCAACAGCAGCUGGGAACACAGUUAGCAGGGCAAGCAUGUUAGGCCUUGGAGAAGGAACAUCAAGAGGUGGUGCCACGUCAGCACGCAUUGCUGUCUAUAAAGUGUGUUGGGAAGGUGGAUGUGAUACUGCAGCCAUUCUUGCUGCAUUUGAUGAUGCAAUUGCCGAUGGUGUGGACAUAUUGUCACUGUCACUUGGAGGAGACAAUGAUAUGAACUAUUUUUCAGAUGAACUUUCCAUUGGAGCAUUCCAUGCCAUGAAAAAUGGCAUACUGGCAGUAUUUUCAGCAGGGAACAGUGGUCCAAUUCCUGCAACCGUAACGAAUUUAGCACCUUGGUCAAUUGCAGUGGCUGCUAGCACCAUAGACAGGAAGUUUGUUACCAGGGUUGAAUUAGGAGACAACAGAACUUUUGAGGGAAUCUCGGUAAAUACAUUUGACCUUAAGGGAGAAUUCUACCCUAUAAUCUUUGGUGGAGAUGCACCAAAUACUAAAGCAGGCAUGGAUGAAUCUUCAUCCAGGUAUUACUCAUUCAAUUCAUUGGAUUCAAAUUUGAUGAAGGGUAAAAUUGUUCUCUGCGAGGGAGGAAGCAUUGAUAUGUCCGGGUCAGCCACCCUCAACGCUGGUGCUGUUGGUUUCCUGUCACAGGGUCAAAGUGGAAGAGAUGUUCCAAUCACUUGUGGCUUGCCUGGGUCUUACCUUGAUUUGAAGGAUGGUGCCAGUGUAUACGACUACAUAAAAUCUACAAGGGAUCCCAUUGCAACCAUAUUUAAGAGCAAUGAGAUAAAAGAUACUUUGGCCCCCAAGGUAGCCUCUUUCUCAUCAAGGGGUCCAAAUUUAAUUACACCUGAAAUUCUCAAGCCGGAUUUGAUAGCUCCUGGAGUUGACAUUGUGGCUAGUUGGUCUCCACUUGGCUCUGCUACUGGAACUCUUGGAGACGAAAGAAAAUUAGAGUUCAAUAUUAUCUCAGGAACAUCAAUGUCUUGUCCCCACGUGUCAGGUGCAGCAGGGUAUGUCAAAUCAUUUCAUCCUACUUGGUCUCCUGCUGCUAUCCGUUCAGCUCUAAUGACAACAGCUAAGCCUAUGAGAGCCAAUAAUAACCGUGAUGCUGAAUUCGCAUAUGGAGCAGGGCAAAUUGAUCCUUCCAAGGCUUUGAAACCCGGUCUGGUGUAUGAUGCUGGUGAAAGUGACUAUGUAAGAUUUUUAUGUGGACAAGGGUAUAGUUCAAAGAUGUUACAACUCAUCACAGGGGAUAGCAGCUGUUGUUCUUCUGAGACAACUUAUGGAACAGCAAGGGAUCUAAACUACCCUUCAUUUGCUCUUCAAGCCACACACGGCAAGCCCAAUGUAAGUGGCAGUUUCUACAGGACAUACACAAAUGUAGGGUCACCAACGUCCACAUAUAAAGCCAUUGUGACUGCUCCUAGAGGACUUAAAAUCCAAGUUAAGCCGAGUGUUUUGCCAUUCACUUCUAUUGGCCAAAAGAGAACGUUUGUGCUUAGUAUCAAUGGAUCAAUAGACGCAGCUAUUGUGUCAGGUUCUUUGGUUUGGGAUGAUGGUGAAUUCCAAGUGAGGAGUCCCAUUGUUGUGUUUGAUGUACCAAUACCAUAGUGGCAGGGUUUUUGCUUUGAAUAAGGACAAGCAUUUGCGUUUGUAUUGAAAAGGCAAGUUUGAGCUAUGCACAUUUCUGUUACAUUGUGCACAAUGGAAUAGUUCAAAAAAGUUGCAUGACAUGGCUUAUAGCCAUGCAUAGUCUAGAACAUCCUAAUUAACUUUGAGGCUUUCUACUCUAAAA